AUGGCAGACCCGUUGUCGAGCUGGACGAGCUUCACCAGCACGAUGGACUCGGGACUGAGCUGGUACUCGCGUGAAGGCCGACUCGGGCGAGACGGCGAGGUGGUCGACGGGUCCGAGGCUGAAGAGCUGGCGGAUCGACAGAAAGUAGCCGCGCACAACGCGCUGCAGUUGGUUUGCUCGCUCGGGCUGCCGGCAUCGGCGCUGCCGAGGUCGAGCACGGCAGGCAAGAUCCGGUCGCUGCGGUUGGCCCGCGCAGGCGCGUGUGUUGUCCAGCUUGUUCAGAUCUUCAUGCACUUUCGCUAUGAGGCCAUCAAGCUCGCCAACGCUGUUGCGCGAGAGAGCGCGUCCGAGCGCAGAGGAGGAGGCCAAGGCAUCGGGGUGACGGUCGCGCGGGUCCUGGCGUGGCGCCCACUGAGGGUGGCGAUCAUCGGAUCCGGAGCCAUGGCCAAGGCUGUAGUCGCUGCGCUGCUUGACUCGGGCACGAUCGCUGCGGCGUCAUCGCUACUUGUGGUUGUCCGCGAGCCCGACGCGAGUAGACAUGCUUCGCUCGCGCGUCGCGACGUGACGCUCACCGACGACAUGCACGCGGCGGCCAAGGUGGCCGAAGUUGUGGUGGUAGCGGUGCCGGCGGCAGCGCUUGGGGAUCUGAAGGAGCGGGCGGCGCAGGUGACGUGGAUGCCGACGACGCUCGCCGUCUCACUCGCUGUAGGUGCGUCGCUGGCACGAGUCAAGAAAGCGCUCCGGACAAGCUACGCCAUUCGGGUGGCAGGCAGCCUUCCGUGUCUCAAGCCUGAGGAGGGCGAUCAGAUUGCGGGCAUGGAACCUGGCGAGCAGCAGGGCACCAUUGCAUGGCGCGAGCUCUCGGUUGUUAUGUCGAGCACAGUGAGCCAAAAGGCGCGCAGCUCUGCACUCGCAGAUGUGCUACUGGCGCGGCGCGGGCGGCGGCUCGACGACUACGCGAUGCUCGACGCGUCGUCGGCGGUCCAGCUCCUCGCCGAUGUCAACCAAGUUGAGCGGCGAGCAAAUGCCUCGCCGGCGCUUCCCAUCUCGCAGUCUGUUCUCGGCGACGAGCUGCUUGGGCGGCUCCUCGAGACCCUCAUUGCCAUUGCCAUCGAUACCUACCACAUUCCCACUGAGCGGCUAGAGGAGCUCAUCGAGAACGUCGACGCGCCGUCAGCAACCGCCGACCUGCGGACUCGCACUGGGACGGAGCCGGCUCAGUACAGGUAA